AUGGCAGGAUCCAAGGCAUCAGGCAACCGAUCCCGUCGCACCCACGCUUUGGGAGCCUGCAAGACCUGCCGUCGCCGGCAUGCCAAAUGCGAUCAACGGAGACCCUCGUGCCAGAUGUGCCGGGCCAGCGGGGUGACAUGUGAGGGGUUCACCGAUGAUAUUCGCUGGGUAGCUGCGCGCAAGCAUCAGUCGCCGCCGCGAUCGAGGGACUGGAAACUCAAGAAAGAUCCGGCCCAGUUGGGCCCGAGACGUCUUCUCUACACAGAGCAGUCACGGCUUUCUAUGAGUGAUGCCUUGAGCGCGGAGCUAGUGUCGGGGUCUAUCGAUGCCUCCUUAGCGGAGAUCGAUAGCCGGGCGAGGGAUUCAGACCGACCUACCGAUGAAAGCAUCGUGGUCGGGCCUUUCGCUGUCCUGGAUCUGUCGGGCACAAAGCAUGAAGAGACUGCCUCGCAGCUAGAAAGAUUUAGGGACACGGAGGAGGUUGUGAGCCCUCCGCCGGUGCCAGCACCCCUGGUUGAAACCAGCUCGGUCGUAAGCCCGUCACUGUCGCAGGACUCGAUUGCUUACAUGAAUGAUCUGCUACAAUGGUCGGAUCUCUUUAGUAUCGAUCUCCAAAUGCCAGACUCCAUGAUGUCAACGGCCUUUGACAUUGGUGAUGCUCUGUUUCUCGAGCCAGACGCACAGGCUGCUGUCAAUGGUGGUGCGGUAGGGACAACAGAUCCAAUCCUUGAUACAACUGGGGAGCAAGAACGAACGUAUUCGACCUUGAUCCCGCAGCUACCCUCGACCUUGGCCAGUGACCCAGUCAAUGUGCUGGCUGAUGCCCACUUUCUGCUGCGACAUUUCCAGGAUCAUGUCAUCUCGCGCAUGUCAGCUAUUCCCCUUGAACAGAAGUCUCCGUGGAAAAUCACGAACGUGCCAUCUGCAGUGGUGACGUACAGUGAUUUAACAUUUCUAGGGUCACAGAACAUCAGCCACGCUCGCUUAGCAAACCUGUAUUGUCUUCUAGCAUGUUCUGCACUGCAUCUGACCUUAAAUCCAUCAAUGAAUUCAUCAGAAUCUCGGGGAAAUUGGCAGCCAAUCGCCGAACAUGCAUAUAAUCUCGCUAAGGACCAUAUGCAGACAUCACUAAGACAUGAGAUUCAACCUAAAGCUGCUAAGUACAAGGACCAGCUGAUGGCCAUCUGUGCCUUAACCGAAUUUGCUAUCAUCAGCGGGCAGCAGCAAGACGCAAGAUGCUAUAUGGUUGACGCUGAGCGACUGCUGCGCUUGCGGGGACUAUCCAAGCGGCGCAUCUCCCAGAAAGCCCGCCUCCUUCACCAUGUAUACACUUGGCUUCGGAUCAUUGGGGAAAGCACCUAUACCCUACACGACUAUACCCCCUCGGAGCAAUUCAUGAACGCCUUGAAAUGCUCGUUCCGAUGCGAAAAGUCCGAUAGCAACAACAAACCCAGCACCACCAGCGAACAGACCUCCCGAUUAGACGACUUCCUCCGUCUAGCCCGCGGCCCGUCCGAUAGCGACCUGAAUAUCAACGAACCCAAAAGCCAAGAUGUGGGUCUCCAUGACAUCCACCUCCAAGACUCCCGUAGCUACUCAGACACUCUGUAUCACCAGAUCUACGGGAUCCCCGAGACCUGGCUGAGUCUGGUCUCCCAAACAACACGGCUGGCCAACGUAAUGGAGACCUUCCGGGUGGCCCGGCGGACCCCGCAAGUUAAGAAAGCCAGCAUUGAGGCCUGGGACGCGCUACACCGCCGCAGCGCCCGACUCGAGAAUAUGGUCUGCGCAUUAGCCUCGCGCAAAGUCGAGAGCGCGAGCACGUCCCCGAAUCUCUCGGAGGUGUGCUCCCAGACGCACGAGUACCUCCUCGAGGCGCUGAAUUCGGCGCUGGUCAUCUUCUUCUACCGUCGCAUUCGCGAGGUACACCCGCUGAUCCUGGAAGGCCACGUGGACAAGGUCAUUUCGUCGCUCAGCAAGUUCGACGCUGCGUUGACCGAAGCAGGGCAGACCGGACCGGGUACCACAUGGCCGCUGUUUAUCGCGGGCUGCGAAGCGACCACUCCCGAGCGACGGUGCGAGGCUCUGAAGCUGCUGGACAAGGGAGAAGCGCGGUGCGGGUUCGCGGGGUUCCGCGUAGCGCGCGAGGUCAUGAAGGAGGUCUGGACGCAGCAGGACGAGCACAUCACUUCCAGUCGCGGCGAGUAUAUUCCAACCUGGUUGGACGUGACCACGCAAGGGCAGAUUUGGCCCAUCCUUGCUUAG